AGAAUGAGGGCUGCUGAUAGGCUGUUGGUUCUGGCUUUGCUGCCGCUUGUCUCCCUCGCUGCCCAUCCUGACAUCUGCAGCGCCAAGCCCAAAGACCUCGCCCUGGAGCCACGCUGCAUCUACCGCAGCCCCGACCCCGAGGGCCCCGAGGGCCCCACCCCGGAGCCCGAGCCCGUCCCCGAGUCCACCAACCCCAGAGUGUGGGAGCUGUCCAAGGCCAACAGCCGCUUCGCCCUGUCGCUGUACAAACAACUGGCCGCCACCAAGACGCCCGACGCCAACAUCUUCAUGUCCCCCAUCAGCAUCUCCACCGCAUUCGCCAUGACCAAACUGGGAGCCUGCAACCAGACGCUGCAGCAGAUCAUGAGGGUGUUUGAAUUCGACACCAUCAAAGAGAAGACAUCAGAUCAGGUCCACUUCUUCUUCGCCAAACUCAACUGUCGUCUGUACCGGAAGAAGGACGAGACCACCGCGCUGAUCUCUGCUAACCGCCUGUUCGGGGAUAAGUCUCUGAUCUUCAACGAGACGUACCAGAACAUCAGCGAGACCGUGUACGGCGCCAAACUGCUGCCACUCAACUUCAAGGUAACCUGCUCCGACACCAGUCCAACACCAGUCCAUCACCAGUCCAACACCAGUCCAUCACCAGUCCAACACCAG